AUGAUGCAAGAAUGCGAACGCCUGCUGACGCAACAAUCGGAUAAAAUCAUGAUCAAGAAGGGACUGGCACAAGUCUGCAGCAUCCUGGGAGGGUUGAAAUGCCAUAUAGAUGAGGAAUCAUUUAAGAGAUUUAUAGAUUUGGUUCUGACGAAAUCUUUGGAGCUCACCGACUUUGAUCUAAUUGGUCGGGCUCUGUUGCUUAUUGAAUGCCUUACAUCCUCCAACAUAACCUUCAUCGCCAAGGUUAUCGCAGACCAUGGACUAAACUCAAUACGCUCGGCUCUACACUCAAAGCUCAAGGGCAUCACACAUCAUAGUUACGGGUCCAGGGAGAGAGCUACCCCAGAUUUGGGACUCCUUUACAUGAUCACUAGAGAAUAUCUAUCAGUUUGUACAGAGAGAAACCUAGCGCCUUCGACUGAGGUGGCAGAUUGGCAAAACACGACGUUUUUCACGGCAGUCUCCGAUAGCCUGAGAGGCUCGGAGUCAGAUGGGCAAAAGUUGGCUAAAUAUUUGAAUGAAAUGCCAAUCCUAGGGUCGUUUGGAAAAAUUGAGGCAUACUUGCUAGACCAUGUGGAGAAUACCACUUUUACCGCUCAUUCUAUCCACAAACGAAUUACUAGGAAACAACCUAGACAAGAAUGCGGUAGGCGGAAUGAUCAAGAGCCUCCUUCCAAGGGUUAUUCAGUCUUUCAAGAUUGA